AUGAACAGCGACCAGAUCGUUGCACAUAACGGUGAAAUUAACACUCUGCGUGGUAACAUCAAUUUCAUGUAUGCUCGCGAAGGUGUGAUGAAGAGUAGAACGUUUGGUGAUAAUCUAUCCAAACUGUAUCCAGUGGUCGAGCGUGGCAUGUCAGACUCCGGGUGCUUUGACAACGUUCUGGAAUUUCUCGUUCAUGCUGGCAAUCGUUCGUUACCGGAGGCAGCAAUGACGAUGGUUCCGGAAGCAUGGGAAAAUGACGAGGAAAUGGCACCGGAAAGACGAACAUUUUAUCGAUGGGCUGCAAUGUUAAUGGAACCAUGGGAUGGGCCAGCUUUGCUAGCAUUUUCGGAUGGGCGUUACGUUGGUGCAAUCCUGGACCGAAAUGGCCUUCGACCAGCUCGUUACUACAUUACGGACGACGAUCGCAUAUAUUUGGCGAGCGAAGUUGGCGUCAUUGAUUUGCCGGAAGGAAAUAUUGUGCGAAAGGUCUGA